GUAUACAUCUCUUCAUAUAUUAUUUUUAGAAUUCCUUUUAUAUUUUGUAUAGUAUAAUUUUGGAUUAUUAUUUUUUUACAGUAAAGGGAGCAGCUCAAAGACCAAAAAUAGAUAAAAACAAAAGGCCCACUAAGCACUGCUCAUGUAAAAUGAAGUAGAGAAGAGUGGCCAAAAGAGAGGUCAAUUUCAGAUGGAGGGAUGUCUUGAUACUCUUCUUCAAAGAGGUCAAGUCGUAGGCAGGAGUAAAUACAGAUGAAGGAAGCCUGUUCCGGAAUUUACCAGUGAAAGGGAUGACAGAAUGAAGAUGCUGGUUAACUCUUGCAUAAGGGAUUUGGACAGUAUAGGGAUGAGCUAGAGUAGAAAGUCGAGUGCAGUCAGUACAGUCAGUAAGAGGAGGGCAAGUGAUGAGACGAAGGGCCUUUUGACUCCACUCUGUCUAAAAGGGCUGUGUGUAUGGAGCCACCCCAAACAUGAGAUGCAUACUCCAUAGGAAGGCAGGCAUGGCCCUCGUAUAUGGACAACAUCUGUGAGGGGGAAAAAACUGGAGAUAAUACAGAAAGCCCAAACUCAAGGAAGUUAAUUUAGUAAGAGAGGAGAUAUGAGGUUUCCAGUUAAGAUUUUGAAUAAAGGAUGGACCGAGGAUGUUUAGUGUAGAAGAUAACAGCUGAGUGUUGUCAAGGAUUAGGGUUAGGUGUUUGGAGAAUUGUGUUGACAGAUGGAGAAGUUGAGUUUAUGAGGCAUUGAAGAACACGUUCCUCCUAUCCCAUCAGAAAUUAUAACGAGGUCGCAUUCUGCAGCUUCCAGCCUAGAGUCUUGUAAUUUCUGUUGGAAGAGUCUGUCAAAAGCUGUUGAGUAAUGCAGAGUCAAGUCAUUGGCAUAUGAGAUAGGACAGUUUGUUUUGGAAAGAUCAUUAAUGAACAACAGAAAGAGAAUGGGAGAUAGAACAGAUCCCUGCAAGACACCACUGUUGACAGGUUUAGGGAAAGAACAAUGACCUUCUACCACAGCAGAGAUAGAUCGGCCAGAAAGGAAACUGGAGAUAAAAGUACAGGGAUAGUAUCCGUAGGAGGGUAGUUUAAAAUGCAAAGAUUUGUUUCAGACUGUCAAAAGCUUUCAAGGUGUUUAAGGCAACAGCAAAAGUUUCACCGAAAUGGCUAAACGCGGAUGACCAAGAGUCAGUUAGGAAGACAAGAUCACCAGUAGAACGCCCCUUGCGGAACUCAUACUGAUAUUCAGAAAAAAAGGUCAGAAGUUGAUAGAUGCUUAAAACUUUCUGUUAGGGAUUGUUUCAAAAGCUUUAGAAAGACAAGACAGUAAAGCUAUAUGACUGUAGUUUAAAGGAUUAGAGCAGUCACCUCUCUUGGGCACAGGCUGUAUGUAGGCAUAUUUUUAGCAUGAAGGAAAGGUAGAUGUUGAAAGGCAGAGAUGAAAAAGCUUAACCAGUCAGGAUGUCAGCACAGAAGCUCAGUUUUUGAGGACAAUAGAUUAUCAUACCACUUCCAAUGCAUAAUUAACCUAUUAAAGGGUUUCUUGUUUUACAGAUGGACACCGAGGACAGUCUGCAGUUUCCAGUCCUACAAAACCCUCCCUGACUCUGGCAAAAGUAUCUUCUCCAAAUGGCUUCAAUGUAGAUGAUUUUUUGUUUAGUAAAUUGUUCAAGAGUGUCAAUGAAGAAGGUAAUCGGACUAUAGAUAAGGUUGUAAAAACUUUGUUUCAUCAGAAGAUCCCAGAAAAGUGUUCAGCCUGUACCUUGGGUCAGAUUCUGAAUGAAGAGAAUCUCGGUGGCAAGCCUAAAAGCAUCCAUACCAGAUGUAAAAAGAUACUGAAAGAAAAACCAUGCAAUGCUGAGUUUGAUAUAAAUUGUGGAAUUGGCCUUCUGCAAGAAAUAUUGCAUGAUGAAUAUAAAAACUUGUCAAGGCAUUGUCAGGCACAGAUCCGCUCUCUCAAAGAGCUGAGGAACUCACUGAGCCAGAAGAAAUACCCUCUUGUUCUUUAUGAUUUUAAGGCACAUAAUAAAGAACUGAAUAAUUUGUUUGAGAAAAAUUCAGAAUAUGUUAUUCUAGUAAAUGAUAUUACAAAAUUGGAGGAAAAGAAAGAUGGACUUCUUGCCGCUGUAAAAAUGGAGGAAAUUCAAGGCUCCAUUGAUGAAAAGAAAAAAGAAAUAUAUGUUGUCACUGAAAUUGAAAAGCUGAGAGUAAUUCUAAAUGAUAUAUUGGAAAAUGUGAGCAGUGUUUUUAAAAAAGACUUUACAGAUUGCAAGAGCAUGGUGAAUAAAAACCUAACAGAUAUCAGCAAAGCUAAGGUGCAACAGUAUGAUCAAGCCACUUAUGACAGAGAAAUUGGUCUAUUUAAAGAUGACCCCAUGCAUAAGUUGAUCACUAAGGGUCGAGAAGAACUGAAGAACCAAUAUAGACGUUUGAAAAUUGCAAACCCUUGCCCAUGGAUUGGUAUGGACCAACGUGAAAAAUUAUCUGUAAAAAAUUUUCACAUUGAAAAAAUAUAUACUCCUCUUAAAAUUGGGGCUUCUAGAGCAGAAAUUUCCACAGAGAAUUUGUUAAUUGCGAGGGAAGUUUGUAAAAGCAAAAUUGUGAUUCUCUAUGGCCUUGCAGGUUCAGGGAAGACAUCUCUUUGUCUCCACUAUCUUCAUCAUUGGACAGAGGAUACAGAUAAAAUUGAAACAUUGAAAGAUUACUGCCUAGUCAUUUAUGUGGAGCUCCGAGCUGUAAAGUCAAAUACCAUUGAAAAAUACCUGAAGGAACAGAGAAUGAAAAACUCAACAGAUUGUAUUAAUGAAGAGGACUUAGUGCAACAGUUAAAUGAUUUGAAUGUACUCUUCAUAGUUGAUGGCUAUGAUGAAGCCAAGGAAGGCUCUAAGAGAAUUGUAAGGGAUAUAUGUUCAAAAUUCCCUAAUCAGCUCACUUUGGUGACCACACGAACAGAGCUCCGAGAAGAAGUAAAAUACAUGUCUACUAGAGUUACCUGUACGUAUUUGAAAAUUUGUGGGUUUGAUGAGUCCAGAGUUAAGAGUUUUACUGAGAAGGUAUUUGAUGCAGUAAAGCAGUCCGACUAUUACUUGGAAACACAAGCCAAAACCAGUAGGGAAAUAAAUUCAUCUGAAUUCCUUCACUAUAUACAAGGACGAGGCAAGAUUUUAGAGAAGCACCUGGAGCUACCACUGACCCUAGCACUCAUGAUAUACAUGUGGAUUGACUGUGAAGAGGUCCUCAACAAAGUCACCACAUGCACAUCUCUGUAUUAUGAGCUUUAUAAGUUGUGCCAGGAGAAAAUAAAGACUCGCCUUAGAGAGUGUAAAUUAGAUGAUCUUAAAAAUUUAUUAAUUCUUCUUGGAAAGAAAGGAUGGCAACUUUUGCAAAAUGAUGAAGAUUUAUUGUCAAACGAAGAUGUAAAAGAAAUAGAUGAAGAGUGUAGAAAAAGAAAGGUCCCCAAGGAAGAGCUGCUGUCUGCCUUUCUCAUGUAUGAUGUUGAUCCCAAUUCUGAUGAGAGCAGAUAUGACUAUUCCUUUAUGCAUAGAACUCAGAAGGAAUAUCUCUCUGCCUAUUUUUUGGCCAAAGAAGCUGAGAAGAAAAACUUGAAUGACGUUGUUGGAGAAAUUUCCUCUCAUUUUCAUCAAAUUAUCAUAUUCCUUGUUGGCCAUUUCACUUUAAAGAAAAUGUUGGACAAAAAAAUGAAAGAGGUUUUUGCAUUACUUGCCAAGAUUCAGGUUGAAGAUGAUGAUUUUGAUUUUUGGUGGAGGUUACUGACAGAAUCACAAAUUGAUGGUGAACCCAGUGAAAAACUUUCAUGUGAAAUUAUCAAAAACAAAUUGAAAAAGGAAACGUGGAAGCUCUCCAGUGCUACUGCUGUGCCUGGACUUGAGUUGCUUAUUCAUACUCCAGCACAAAUAAAGGAUCUUAUCAUUGAAAUACAAAAUGGUGAAGAUCCAUAUGAUAUAAGGGAUUUUUUUAUUAUUAUGCAGUCACUCGGGGAGAAAUUGCGUGACCGAUAUCACAAGAAAAGACCUCUUCUUGUAGAGUUAUUUUUCUGGCAGCAUUAUGAAACAAGGUGCAAGAGACCGUCUAAUGAUCUGCUUCAGACACUAAAUCCAUGGGGACAUUUAAAAGACUUUGCUGGAAGUGUUGGAGAAUACGAUGAUCAGUUUAUGCUGAAUUUCUGUUUCAAGCUCAAGAAUUUGAGAGUACGAGUUGAAACAAGAGAUGCACAGAUUAGCCUUUCCAAGAGCCUUGCAAAAAUUAGUAAGGGAGGGUUGAGGCAGGUGCGUGUGAUUUUGGACUUGGAUCCUGAAGAAUGCAACCCUGAGACCCUUGACUGCCUUACAUGUGAUGCAUUCCAAGGAAAAUUAGAACUGACUCUGCAACACACAGAGGAUAAACACAAGAACUGGAUAGUACAAGUGGUGAAGAAAGUCAGUGGGAGGCACGGGUGUUUUAAACUCAUCUUGGAAAAAAGUAUCCUCUCAUUUCCUACAGUAAAAUGUAUAAUGGAAGAGCUACGUGAUGUGGUACGUGAAAAGUACAAAGUUGGAAGCACUAAUGAUCUAACUGAUGAACAAAUGAAUGAACUGGAAAAACUAGAGAAGAGAUUCCAUGCGGUUGUGGAAUGGGACACCUAAGAUUUGGUGUGUCCCAUCACAUGCAUGUUCUCCUAUGAAGGGAUGGAAGCCUUGCACCUUGUAGCUACUACUUCCAUAGUUCUAAUACUCAGUAGGUAGUACUUUCCUGAUGUAUUUCCUUCCUUUCCAGAGGAAUUCUGAUAAGUAACAUCAGAUAUUAUAUUACUAUAUUAGUGAAUGAUUAUAGAUGAAUGAAUGGAGAUUAUUUAGUGCUUUUUACCAGUGAAGUAACUUAAAUAGGUAUAGUAAUGUUGUAAAUAUUUGAUGUGAUACAGAACUAUUUGUGUGUGUCAUACCUAUCAUCUUAUGACAGUUUGGUGUGGUUUUAAAAUGGUGACAGCACAAAAAGUGCGAUGUUAUAAUUUAUGCUUUUAAACACUUGAAUUAAUUAUAUGCCAGAUUCUUGAUGUCUGUGUUCAGCAUAUGCAAAUUCAUGUAUAUGUGAGGAACCUAUUUUUAUCACCAGUGUGUGGUGUGAUGUAACACAUGAAUAGUACAUCCAGCUAUGAAUGUGUGGGCCACACAGCUGCUUUAUAUUCGGGGUAAAGAGUUCUUACCCAUCACAGGCUUAACCCUUUCCUUGCUAAGCACUCGCAACGAGACUAUCCCCCCCAGUGCGCUCGGACAGCCCAGCAGGGGGAGGGGGAUCGCUUAUAACCCGUACAGCAUUUUGGUAUUUUGUAAUUUCCUCCCCACCCUAGUGUCGGAGUAAAUUUAUUUAUUUAUUUAUUUAUUUAUUUAUUUUUUCCAUAAAACAGCUGAAAUCCAUGAAAAAUGAAGAGAUGUAACGUCUUUUGGCUUACCAUCGCCUAGAAGUUGAUGUUUUGGGCCAUUUUUUGUCGAUUUGUGAGGCAAAAUGGUCGUAUUGAUUGCAGUAGACUUUCUUGGAUUGUAUGUGCGUAUCAGAGAAAAUCGUUUUCUCUCGACAUAUUUAGCACAGACUUAUAUAUAUUGUUAGAGAGUAACUCAUUUUGAGCGUUUUGAUAGUUCAAUGUACAGUCGCCCACAAGAGUGUUCGCUCAUGCAAAAAUGGCGGUACAAAAUUGCUGGUUCUGGACGUCGGUAUACCAACUAUACCUCACCCACAACACUGUCAUACCACUUUCCAACCACCAACCCCUUCAGUUUCCACAUCACGAUCUCCAAAACCACCUCCAACAUCCAAGCAAAUAAAAAAAUUGUACCCAGAAUAAUGGCUGCCAGGCUUGCCAGUUAUGGCAAUAAAUUAAAUAUAUUGGGUGGUCAGUAUUCCCAAAGGAUCAGUCUACUAGGGCACCAACACAAAAAUCACCCUUGACACACUCCAGCAACGGGAAAAAAUAAUACAUUAAAUACGUACGAUGUACGUAUCUGAUGCUCAAUGGUAUUAAAAAAUAAUAUGUAUGUCGUACGUAUCUGAUGCUGUAUGGGUUAACCACUGUAUCUCAAAAACUAUUCAUCGCAGCUACAAAACAAAACACCAUUGGAAAGAAGAGGCCAAGAUCUAUAAGAUUCGGUUAUGUAAGCCUCUCCUGCGAAUGCACAGGCACGUUCAGGGGGAGUUGCCUGUGAAGACGUACAUUUAUUCAUGCACGACGGUCAGCUAUAGUGAGGCAAAUACUUAGUAGAUCUCUUGAUGGGCUGCUGGCAGGGUAGUAUUGCCAACUGCAAAAUUUACAACUAUUUGGUCAAAAUAUUAGUCAGGUGAUAGGUGAAGCUAUGCAAAAAUGCCGCUAUAUUGGACAACAACAGCCACCAGUUACUCGCAGUAGAUUUUCCGUGCUUUUCCGCUCUUGGCUGAUAUGAUUUUCCACCUAAUUUAGUGGGGUGAGAAAUAGUGUUGGAACACUCGUGCGCAGGAAAUUUGUGUGUAACUGGAGCACACAGCAAUUUGGCACCACCGGCAAGUUACGCUAGUGCUCACUGUGAACGUUUAGCAACGAAAGGGUUAAUGCUGAAAGUCUGUUACAAGUUGCAGAAAUUUAAAAAUAUGUAUAAUAACACUGACAAACCUUAUAGACACAAGUACAGUAAUACCUCGGCUUAUGAGUGCCUUAAUUUACGAGUGUUUUGAUUUACGAGCAAUGAAAAAUCAUUAAAAAUGCCUUGAUUUACAAGCGGUGACUUGGUGUAUGAGCAUCCUGCCUGUACAAGUCAAAGACAGGAGCGUGGGUUCCCUUUGCUCGCCGUAAGACGAGAGCACUCAAGAGCGGAAAACAUUAGGAAUGGGAUCUGAAGCUGCUGUUACACUGGUCUUUUUUCCUCCUACUGCCUUUGCAGUAUGUACAACUGGCAACCCCAACUUUUCUGGGUGUGCAUCACACACGACAAAAGUCGGUUGCCUGUAUCAACGACACAAACAAACCAUUCGUCCUGUAUCUACAUGGCGCCAGUGUUUGGGUUACAACAGUAAGGGCUGCUGUGGUUUGUGGUGCUGUUUCUCAAAUUAUGGACUUCUUUGUUCAGUUAAAUAUAAGGUAAAAGCGAUUGUGAGUAUGAUCAUGGCUUCAAAGAAGGUUAGACAGGAAUGUUUACCCAAACCAACAACUCUCUCCUGGUUGGGCAUACAGGAAACUGCGGUUGGUCCUAGCUCUAAUGGUUGGAGGGAAAUGUCCAGUGUGACAGUCUUCAGGUCGCGUUGUACACUCGCAGAAGUAGCACCCGAGCUCUUGUGUCCGCUUACGUAUGUGCUCUAGUGUGCGAUCUUUGUGUUGUCAGCACUACAUUAUUACUAUAUCAUUUAUAUAUUAUACAAUAUUAUUUAUAUUUUUAUCAUUGCUAUUUGUUAGUAAAAUUACUUUUAUUCUGUAUAAAAUAUGAAAAAUGAUUUUUUUCUUAAUAUUUUUUGACAUAAGGGAUGCAUUAAUGGGAUACACAUUAAUAUAAAUGCAGAAAUUUGUUUUGGUUUACGAGUGUUGGUUGGUGAGCAAAAUUCCGGAACAAAUAAAACAGGUGAUACCAUGCUGAAGGGGUUAAAAACUUUCCUGUUAAAGAUGGUUUGUUAAGCUUUAGAGACAAGAAAGCAAAGCUUUGGAAGUUUUUUUUAAUUUUUUAAAUGUGGCCUAUACCACCGGUAUGCUAAUGCAUAGAGGCCUGAUGGCCAGCCCAAGCCCGUCAUAGCGCAGGCAGUUGUUUUUAGUGGCGCCAUUAUUAUUGGCUCAUGCUGACCCCUGGAGCUCAUUCUUGAUUUCACUUGUGCUGUACAGCUUCUUCUAAAGUCUGGGUUGAUGGGUGGUCUUCAGGACAGCAAGUGGGUAGUCUUAGGCCUUUUGACGGUGAGUGAAAAAUCACAGGUAUAUUAUAUAUAUAUAUAUAUAUAUAUAUAUAUAUAUAUAUAUAUAUAUAUAUAUAUAUAUAUAUAUAUAUAUAUAUAUAUAUAUAUAUAUAUAAUGGAAAAAAAAUACUGAAAAUUCAGAUUACAGGUUUUUCACACAACCUGUAUUUCGUCCAUGAAACCAAGUAUAUAGUGUGAUACGAUCAUCUGGUAUUAGUGGUUGCUUCUGAUCACACCCUGAUCCUUUCCUUUUCAGCUUCCAGUAGGUCUAUCUUUCCAAGUUAAUAAUUCCAAACUAUUUACUAUUUUGCCAUUUUUUUAUUAUGUUGUUUUUUUGUGUUGGUCCCCCACCGCUGUUGGUUGUAGGAGCACCUAUGACUACCUACCUAUGAAUGUUUAUACCAAUUUUGAAUAGGUUAUGAAUAUUAACCGUUUUGUUGCUAAAUGCUCGCAGUGAGCACUAGCGUAACUUGCCGGUGGUGCUAAACGCUUGCUGCGAGCUCCAGUCGCACUCAAAUUUCCCGCGUAUGAGUGUUCCAACACUAUUUUUCACACCACAGCAUUGCCAAUUCAGUGGGUUUUCCACAAAAUUUGGUGGAAAAUCAUAUCAGCCUAGCGCGGAAAAUCUACGGACGAGCAACUGGUGAUGUUGUUGUCCAAUAUAGCGGCAUUUUUGCAUAGCUUCACCUAUCACAUGACAUAUUUUGACCAAAUAGGUGUAAAUUUUGCAGUUGGCAAUACUGCCCUGCCAGCACCCCAUCAUCAAGAGAUGUCAGUAGUUGCCUUAUGGCUGACCGUCACGCAUGUGUAAAUGUAUGUCUUCACAGGCAACACCCCCUGAACGUGCCUGUACGUUCACAGGAGAGGCUUACUUUACCAAAUCUUAUAGAUCUUGGCCUCCUCUUUCCAAUGGUGUUUUUGUUUUUAGCCGUGAUGAAUAGUUAUUGAGAUACAGAGGUUAAAAGAGCGAGCACUAGUGUCACUUGCUGGUGGUGCUAAAAGCUCACUGCGAGCACCAGUCGCACUCACGGAAAAAAAACACCCCUUGAACGUGCCUGCAUGUUUGCAGGAGAGGCUUACAUAACCGAAUCUAAUAGAUCUUGGCCUCCUCUUUCCAAUGGUGUUUUUGUUUUGUAGCUGUGAUGAAUAGUUUUUGAGAUACAGCAGUUAAAAACGAUCCCCUUCCCCGACUGGGGUGCCCGAGCGUGCCUGAGGGGAUAGUCUCAUUGCGAGCGCUUAACAAGGAAAGGGUUAAUUGAUCAGCAUGUUAUAAUUUUAAUUUAUAAGCAUGUAUUUAUUGUUGAAUUUAUAAGUAUGUUUUUACUGUUGAGGAUUGUAAUGGAGAUUCGGCAGCUUUAACAACGAAGAUAAUAUUGUUCAUUGGAAAAUAAAAAGAAAUUUAUAGA